GUCUGGAGAUCAGAACGAGAAGAAACAAAGUAGCGGGGUUUUAAUUGAAAACAAAAGAAUUCAAGUUUCCGCGCCUCUCAACGGACUAUUCCUGGACUACACUCUCGAACGGAGCAGUUUAGAGAGAACUUUUCAAGCUUGCCGUAUCGUUUCGUUUAUCUCGCUGUAUGUAUUUAGACCUAUCGUUCUCUACUAUGGUCAUAAUGGAAGUGCCCGCCAUCGACUCGGCUUCGCUUCGUGAUCUGUUGGAGGGAGAUGACCCGGACUGUCUGGUUCUGGACUGUCGCUCGUUUUUCUCUUUCAGCUCGUCCCACAUAUCGGGCUCCAGCAAUGUGCGCUUCAGUACCAUAGUACGCCGGAGGGCCAGGGGCGGCCUGGGACUGGAGCACAUUGUACCCAACGAGGACACCAGGAACAGGCUUCUCUCCGGGGAUUACCAGAGUGUUGUGUUCCUGGAUGACCGCAGUCUGGAGAUGGGAGAAGUGAAGAAAGACGGGACUUUAAUGCUCGCCGUGAACGCUUUGUGUCGCAAUCCAUGUGGAACAAGUGUGUUCCUUCUAAAAGGUGGAUUCGAGACCUUUUCCUCCGAGUUUCCUGAAAUGUGUACGAAGCCAGUUCCCCCACAAGGCUUGAGUUUACCUUUGAGCUCUAGCUGCCAUUCAAACCCAGCUGAUUCCUCCUGUAACUCGUGUACAACUCCUUUGUAUGAUCAGGGUGGGCCUGUUGAAAUCUUGCCAUUCCUAUAUUUAGGCAGUGCUUAUCACGCCUCUAGAAAAGACAUGCUGGACAUGUUGGGAAUCACAGCCCUUAUUAACGUCUCUUCCAACUGCCCCAACCACUUUGAAGACCACUAUCAGUACAAGAGUAUUCCUGUUGAGGACAACCACAAAGCCAACAUCAGUUCCUGGUUCAACGAAGCUAUCGAAUUUAUCAAUUCUGUACGAAAUAAAGGUGGACGUGUCUUCGUUCACUGCCAAGCGGGUAUUUCACGCUCCGCUACCAUAUGUUUGGCUUAUCUGAUGCGCACCAACCGGGUCAAACUUGAAGAGGCCUUUGAGUUCGUCAAACAGCGCCGCAGCAUCAUCUCGCCCAACUUCAGCUUCAUGGGGCAGCUUCUGCAAUUCGAAUCCCAAGUGCUCGCCUCCUCUACGUGUUCCUCGGAGGCGGGAAGCCCUGCCAUUAGCAAAAGCAGCAGUGUGUUCAAUUUCCCCAUCCACACAGCGGCCAGCCCUCUUUCCUUCCUGCAGAGUCCCAUCACUACCUCGCCCUCUUGCUGAGACGGACUCUUUUAAAGUGGUCUGAUUCGUUUCUCACCUCUUGACGGGGGAGAGUUUUAUUUGUACAAUGAUUGUAUGAUCCCUGAGGUGAUCUUUCCAGUAUUAAGGCUCAGGAACUUUUAGUUCCUGCAUUGCCACCAAUAUUCCACGAUUGCUCAAUAUUGUGUGUUGAAGACGAUGGCUGAUGAAGCCUAGUUCCCCCAGACUGUUUUAACGUUUUAACACUGGUCCAUACUUGACUUAAAACCUUUGACAAUUUCAUGCGACACAAACCAGUUUGAAACACUCCAUGAGAAUCUCUCCUUUUUUAUUUUAUCUGACUAUUGAUAAUCAUGUUUUUGGUUAUCUCUUAGCAUUGAAAGAAGCCCCUUACAGAUUGCUCAGGGAUUGUUUUUUUUAUGUUGACAUCAUCAUUAUUAUUAUAAUUUUUAAUAAUAUUAUUAUUAGGAGAGUAGUCCUAGGAGAUGGGAAGUUGUUAGGCGUGAAGGUGCUAAUGUGUCUUGCUACUUUUUUUUGUUUUUGAACAGUGAAUGUAGUUCUGUGUAGGCUCUGCCUUAAGACAAUGGAAAUUGAAACAACGAGCCUGUCAUGCCUUUUUUUAGAAUGCAAUCCAAUUCAUCAAAAUGUUUGUCCGUAAACACAGAAUACCUCAUGUGUCUGUACUGUUGUCAGCCCGUUAAGAGUCCUCCCUAAGCACUACUAACAGGAGUGACUCUUGCGAGGCUUUUUUUGAUAUGUGACUAUUUAUUGACCUAAAUUAAUAUAUUUCUUAUGCUAUAUUUUUUCAUAUAUUUGUGAUACUUGUUGACAAUAAACACUUUUUUUCAUACAUGCA